AUGGAUUGGCUCCCUCAUCGAACAACAGCUUUUCUGCUCCUUUUAUUGGUCCUCUUGGAUUUCAGCAGAGGAUUUCAUGUAGAGGUAAAAGAGUGGAACGAAAAUGGAACAGCAAGAUGGAAAACUUUCAGAAGACAAAAACGUGAAUGGAUCAAAUUUGCUGCAGCUUGUAGAGAAGGAGAAGAUAAUUCUAAGAGGAAUCCAAUUGCCAGAAUCCGAUCAGACUGUGAAGAAAACAAUCCAAUCACAUACAGCAUCUCUGGAGUUGGAAUUGAUCAUGCCCCCUAUGGAAUAUUUGUGGUUAACCCAAGAACAGGAGAAAUUAAUAUAACAUCGAUAGUGGACAGGGAAUUAACCCCAGUAUUUGUUAUCCGUUGCUUUGCUAAGCACUCCCAGACAGGUGUAGACAUGGAACCACCUCUUGAACUUCGAGUCAGAGUUCUGGAUAUAAAUGAUAACCCUCCUAUAUUUGCACAAACUGUGUUUACAGGAUCCAUCGAAGAAAACAGCAUGGACAACACAUUGGUGAUGAAAAUAAUUGCAACAGAUGCAGAUGAACCUAAUAACUUGAAUUCUAAAAUUGCCUUCAAGAUAGAGAGUCAGGAACCUUCAGGUCUACCCAUGUUCAUUAUGAAUAAAUAUACUGGAGAACUCCAUCUUGCAAAUUAUCUUGACAGAGAGCAACACAGUAGCUACACUCUCGUUGUGAAGGCAUCAGACCGGGAUGGAGCUGUGGAUGGAAUGUCCUCCCUUUGUAGCUGUAACGUUAAAGUUAUUGAUGUCAAUGACAACUUCCCAACUCUUGCUCAAAGCUCUUUUUCAGCAAGUAUUUCAGAAAAUUCCCUCAGUUCAGAACUGCUCCGAAUACAAGCUCUGGAUGCUGAUGAAGAGCUUACAGACAACUGGUUAGCAGAGUUUUUCUUUAUAUCUGGUAACGAAGAUAACUGCUUUGAAAUUGUUACAGAUCGAGCUACAAAUCAAGGAAUCCUUAGAGUAAUUAAGGAACUGAAUUACGAACAUCUCCAAACUCACUCACUGAUGAUUGGUGUCAGGAAUGUAGCUGCCUUUCACCACUCUGUUGCACAAGACUACCGAAUCUCUGGAACACCUCUUGUAAUAGAAGUAAAAAAUGUGAUGGAACCCCCAAGAUUUAAUCCAUCUUCAGUGGUGUUCACCGUCUCGGAGAGCACAAGAGUAAAUCACAUUGUGGGAACAUACACAGCCUUCGACGAGGACACUGGGGCUAUUGCAACAAACGUUGUGUAUAGUAUAGGACGUGACCCAGGUGCCUGGUUCAGGAUCAAUCAAAACACCGGUGAGAUCACGUUGAACAAAGCUGUAGACUGGGAAUCAGUCCAUGUGGUCAAUGGGCAGUACAGAGCAGAGGUCCUGGCUAUCACCAGAGGAGCUCCUCGCUAUACUGCUACUGGCACCAUUGUGCUUUCAAUACAAGACAUCAAUGACAACUGCCCACGUAUUAACACUGAAUUAAGGAAAGUAUGUAUGCAUUCCCCAUCAGUGAUCAUUACAACACAGGAUUCAGACACUCGGUCGUAUGCUCUCCCCUUCACAUUCAGCAUACAUGGUGAACCUCAAACUACUUGGAUUAUCAGAUCACUAAAUGCUUCCUCUGCAGAACUGGUGAAUCCAAACAUGGACUUUUACAUGUAUAGGAUCUAUAUCAAUGUCAGAGACAGCCAAGGCCGACGCUGCCGUAAACCACACAUCAUUCCUGUGCAAGCUUGUCAGUGUGACAGUCGCAAUUACUGCACCAGUGGGGCCACCAGAAUAAUUAUCAUUGGUGGCAGAGGCAGUGGUAGCGGUGGUGGUGGCAGUGCUGGUGGUGGCAGUGCUGGUGGUGGUGGUAUUAGUGGUGGCGGAGGUGGUGUUAGUGGGGGUGGCAGCGCUGGUGGUGGUGGUAUUAGUGGUGGAGGGGGUGGUGGUGGUGCUGGUGAAGGAGGCCAGCAAGGGGGAGGAGGAACAGAGACAGAAGGUGGUGGCCAUGGUGACUACAGACCUGCAGAAGAGACAACAGACUGGCAGAGUUACACUGAUGGAUACGGCGAUGGAUAUACUUCAGCCACUGACUAUGGUUAUGGAGAUGGAAGUUAUGGCAGAGAUCUCGAAUCUGCUACCACACUUAGUGGUUCUGCCAUUGGCCUGAUGUUCCUUGGUGGAUUAAUAUUUGUCUUGAUUCCAAUUUUGAUGUCAAUGAGUGACUGUUGUGGCUGCGGACCUGGUGCUGCAGGUGGAGUUGGAACUGGAUUUGAACCGGUUCCUGAAUGCACAGAAGGGGCAAUUCAUCCAUGGGGAAUAGAAGGUGCACAGCCUGAAGACAGGGAUGUCUCACACAUUCUUGCUCCAACAACAGCUGCAGGAGGUGAUUUUUGUGAACCCUCUGACAUCUAUACAAACACAUAUGGAGGAGGAGGAGUAGUAGCUUCUGGUGUUGAAGAAACUACAGGGGUUGGCUACGGCACUGGUACUGGUUACGGAACAGCUGGAGGAAUUUCUGGAACAGGGGAAGUAAAAGGAUCAGUUGGAGGAACAAUAAAAGAGUAUCGAGAAGGAGGGGUGAACAUGGCCUUCCUAGACAACUACUUCUCUGAGAAAGCAUUUGUGUAUGCAGACGAAGAUGAAGGCCGGCCAGCAAAUGAUUGCCUCUUAAUAUAUGACCAUGAAGGAAUUGGUACUCCUGUUGGUUCUGUGGGUUGCUGCAGCUUUAUUGGAGAAGACAUAGAUGAAACAUAUUUGGAUACAUUAGGACCAAAAUUUAAGACCCUGGCAGAGAUCUGUCUGGGCAAAGAGAUCGAACCUUUCCCUGAUGUCAAUCCACCCUGGCCGGGAAUUAACAUCAACUUUCCCAACACUGAAAGUGAUCUAAACCUCCCACCGCCUGGAACCACGAUCGUUGUCAACGGAGGUGUCCCUAUGCCCCCCUCGGUCAGCACCACCACGGUUGUUACAGAAAACACCUACACGUCUGGGUCAACCAUCCAGCCCCCGAGGCCAAUGCCAGAUCCUCUGCUCCACGGCAACAUGACGGUGACUGAGACCUACACCUCUGGCUCGUCCGGUCUUUGCGUCGACCCUCUGCGCGCAUCCAACGUUGUUGUAACGGAAAGAGUUGUUGGUCCUGCCUCUGCCUCUGACCUGCGUGGCAUGCUGGACAUCCCCGACCUCACCGACGGCUCCAACGUCAUCGUCACCGAGAGAGUGAUCGCACCCAAUUCCCGGCUCCCGGCCUCCCUCAGCAUUCCUGAUUUGGUAGACGGGUCAAACGUGGUGGUGACAGAAAGGGUGUUCAGGCCUGCCUCUGGCAUGCCAGGCAGCUUAAUAAAUAUUCCCUCAGAGUUAUCGAACGCCCACAACGUAGUGGUCACCGAGAGGGUAGUGUCAGGGUCUGGGAUGAGCAGCCUUGGGGGGACAAGCCUGGGCAGUGCAAAUCUGGGGGGCCUGAGCAGCACCGGUCAGAUGCUCAGUGCUGACUGUCACCUUGGCCAGGCGAUGGGCACUGCAUCCCCUGGCACCUCCCGGAGAAGAGUGACAAAGUACAGCACCGUGCAGUACUCCAGUCAGUAA